AUAUACAACAGAACUACUCUCCCACCAUGGAAGUAAUGCGGCAGACGACGACGGCGGAGGUUGCCGGCGAUGGAAGUACUCUCACCACCGUCUCUUUUAAUGAAACUACGACAUCAUCAUCCGCCGGUGAAACAACCGAGGAGUUGGAGACUGGCUAUGAUCCGACUAGUGAUAAGAAGGAAAACGGCGUUCAGUACUUCCACAAAAGUGAAGGUAGUGAGAUCGAAUGGUCUCAAAUCAAUGUGAAAGGGACGAAUUUGGGUGCAUCCAAAGGCAAAGGCAUAGACAUUCAACAAGGUAAUCAAGACUGUCUGCAAGCCUUAAUAACAAUGGAAAACCUGGCACAAGUUGAAAUUACAAUGUGGUAAAAACUUCAACAGGGCCAACCAAGAAACAAACUGCAACUAAUUAUGAAGUGGAAGAAGAAAGUCACGACGAUGAAGAAGUUGUUGAAUUGGAAUUCGAGACGGCGGUCGAGAGGAUUCACACUCAUGAUGGCUAUACUAUGCACUGCCCUUACUGUAGAGGUCGAAUCACAAAAGUGGUUCUUCGUCGAAAAGUACCUAAACCGAAGAUUCCAGCGGCCACAAAUAUUCCAGAUUCAUCAUCAGACCAUGAAAUACUUGGAUGUGCAUCAUGCUUGAGCUUUUUUGUCUCUUGUGGCAAUAAACUGAAGUUAUUGAACCCUCUACGCCUUUUUGGAGCUGUCAGCCAUGAUGGUGAUACACAAAUUCCGCAUGUUCCGAGGGAACCGAAACCAGAUGUGAUCGAGCCCCCAUCCAGUCAAGAUGAUGUGCAAGCGGCCGUCAAAUAUGGAUGGAGAUAUAAUCUAUUUUGGUUCUUUGGAAAUGGGAAAGACGAAGUCAAUGCUAUAAGGCCCCCACUGAUUACACCACCAGAAGGUGAAAUCAGAAUUCCUGUUCAUCAAGAAGAGACACCACCAAUUGCAACCCAACCCGAAAACUAUAGGUCUUUGGAGAUAGUGAAAAGUAUCGUAUAUGGAGGCUUAAUGGAGUCAAUAGUGAGCUUGAGCAUCGUUUCAUCAUCAGCAGCUGCAAAUGCUACAACAUUGAACAUUGUGGUUCUUGCACUCGCAAAUUUGGUUGGUGGGCUCGUCAUCCUUGCUCACAAUCUUAAGGACUUGAGAUACGGAGAAAAUGACCAAAUCAGUGAAGAGAAAUACAAGAAAGAACUUGGGAGGAAAGAGUAUUUCCCUCUCCACGCAACAGUGGCUAUAUUGUCAUACAUUGUAUUCGGCCUGGUUGCACCUUUGACGUACGGAUUCACAUUUCGGGAGACUAACGAUAGAGACUUCAAAAUGUUGGCUGCUGGAAUUGCUUCUUUGGUAUGCAUAUUCCUUCUCGGAAUUGCCAAGGCAUACACAAAAGGGCAACACAAGUUUUCGGCUUACUUCAAGACGGUGACGUACUACGUUACGUGUGCAGUGUUGGUCUCCGGAAUCGCGUUCGCCAUUGGUGAGUUGGCCAGGAAACUGGUUGAGAAGUACGGUUUGUUUGCCUGCCCAUCCAGUCUUCGUUACGAACCCGCCGAUUUACUACAACCAAUUACCUGGGCUUCUUACUGAUCAUGCCAGAUUAACUUUUAAUUCCCGGUUUUUUUUUUUUUGUCUCCGUUGGAAUUUCAGUUUGGUAAUUAAAUGGAGAAUGGAGGCAUCAUGUGCAUAUUAAAGAAAGAGAAA